GGUAGCAUGGCCAAAGUGUAGGGCUCCUUUUAUUUUUUUUUUCUCUCUGCCCUAAAUUAUUGUAGAUGUGAGGACGUUAAUUUUUAUAUUUUUUUACUUCUAACUUGAUGAUGCUUUCUUCUGAGGCCACACCAGAGCCGCCCCCUUCCCCAUCUCAUGAUUCCAGGUCCACGGAGCCGACCCCCACCACUUGUACCUCCGAGUGCCCCUUUACGGAGCCAGGACUGAACUUUACUAACUCUGAUCUUAGCCUCGUGGACAUGAGUGAGGUUGAAUACACCCAAUUACAGCACAUCCUUUACUCACACAUGGAGUCCCAGCCAGGGGAAGGUGAACUGGAGACUCGUUUGAAUCCUUCUUUGUACCCGUCUGCCAAUUCUACCAGCCAGGCUUCAUUUCCAACAACCAGCUCGGUUAACCAAGUUCCUUAUUCAACAGCUAGCUCUGCCAACCAAAACCUGUACCCAGUUACCAGUUCAACGAACCCAACCUCAGAUUCUCACUACAUGGGCAGCAGUCAAUGUUUAGGGCACAUUGAUUUCCAAGAGUUAAAAAUGAUGCUUCUGAAUGACCCUCCGUUACCCGUUAACAGCAGUAGUAGUUUGCAAAGUGUGGAUAAAUUCUCACAAAAUUCUUCUGCGGAAAACACCCGACCUAAUGGAAUAACACUGAAAAAUAGGGACACAGCGGCUAAUUCAGACAAAGAGAAGAACUCAGGGGAUAACUCGAUGACCGGACAAGAGUCGAGAUGCAAAACUGGACCCAGAGUUCGCCUGGAAGACAGAUUUAAUGCAGUCCAAAAUGAAAACCAGGACCGACAGGAGUUACAAGAUUCUGGAGUUACAUUUAACAAUUUGGUUGCUUUGAUCCGGCAUCCUUCAGAGCUGAUGGGGAUACCUCUCCAUCCACAGCAAAACAAAUGUGCUACUUUAGUCAAGAGCAAGGCUGGGGCUCCUUCUGCUCUACAGUUUGCAUACCCUUUGUACACACCGAAUUCAUGUACACCAACUGGCAGUACUAGCUCCAGUCAAACUCAGGGUACAGGAAACCAGGCACAUAUGCUAGAAUCUGCCAGCCCUCAAGAGCUUGCCCUGCCAAGAGCAUUCUCUUUAUGUUUCCAGCAAGAACUCCAAUCCGCCAGACAGGCACUGAGUAACUGCAACAGAAACAAACCUUUGCCUGAGCAAGUCUGGAUUAAGGUAGAAGAUGAAACUUUACGCAAGCAAGUAGCAAACAAACGCUGUCGCAGUCGCUCACGGCAAGCUAGCAUAGAAACAGAACACAAAGUUCUUAGUGAUCUCACUAACAUGGCAGAGAAUCAAAAUGCAAAUGUUGCUCAAGGUGGGCAAUGGCAACCAACACAUCCAACUCCCCCUGGCCCUACACAUGGGAACCAGCAGGAACUAAACUGCCAGCGAAGAGAGAGACAUAACCGAAUGGAGAGAGACCGCAGGCGCAGAAUCCGUAUUUGCUGUGAUGAGCUGAAUUAUCUUGUUCCAUUCUGCAAUUCUGAGACUGAUAAAGCUACAACUUUACAGUGGACCACUGCCUUUCUCAAAUAUAUUCAGGAAAAACACGGUGAUACACUAAAAAAGGCAUCUGCUUUCUCUAGUCGAGAACAAGCACCAAGACACUGAAAGAAGACCGAGUGGUGUCCCUCCUUCCUCUCUCUCUCCAACCCAACUUGCAGCUUUCAACCCCUGUUUCCUUCUUGUAACUACCCAGCUGCUGCAGAUAGAGACUUCUUUAAGAAACUCAACCCCGCACUACUGUCUCCAGAAGAAUCAACAAAUCGUCCGUCUACAUCUUCAAAUCACCUUGAUGAGCAGCAGGACCACCAAAUUCAGCCUGAAGCCAGU